CGAACAGAUAAUUGGACAGCUGUUCCAACAAAGCCACCACAGUGACAAAGCCUUCUUACAAUCAACAUGGGGCACGUCACUCUGACCAACGGACUCGCCAUUUGGCAACUCAUCUACUUCAUCGGCACCUUCGCUUGCAGUCUCUGGGUCACAGCACACCACGGCUUCAUGAAGAGCUCUGGCUGGAUCUUCCUCACCAUCUUCAGCAUCAUCCGCAUCGUCGGGUGCUCUGCGCAAAUUGCGACAAUCACUACCGACUCAGAAACGCCUGAGACUAUCGCGGUAUUGACGGGCUUUUUUGGUCUUUCUCCGUUGCUGCUGGCGACGCUGGGGAUUGUGUCUCGGGUAUGGUACUCCAUACUGAAAACUCCGUGGAACAUGCUGUUUUCGCUCGGCGUCGUCCGAGCCGUCCAGAUUCCCGCCACCAUCGCCCUCAUCCUCGUCAUCGUCGGCGGCGUCUCAGCAGACAACAUCACCGAGAUCGGAGAGCAAGACACAGUGAAGGCGGGAGUAAUCCUAUUCUUCGUCGUGUUCAUCAUUCUUGUUCUGCUCACCGUGGCUGCGGCCAUAGGGCGACGCAGGGCUGGGUGUGGCGAGCUCAGGUUGCUGUGGGCCGUGGCGAUAUCUCUUCCAAUCCUCUUGAUCUGCAUCGUCUACUCGUUCUUGGCCGUCUUCUCCCACAAUCCAGUUUUUGAAGCCAUGAGUGGAUCGACAUCGGCCGUUUUGGCGGAGCUGUUUAUGGGUAGGGUUGAGGAGAUGGCCGUCGUCUUGGUGUAUCUCUGGGCUGGCAUCACGCAAGAAGUCGUCCCCGCGACAGACGAUGGAGCAGAACGCACCCAAGGAGAGAAGUUCAUGUACAGGGCUCGCAGGGGCGAUUUCGGGACGGGCAAGUUGGGCACACUGUCAUUCCUCGCGCACGGCAUCAUCACCAUGUUUCGCGGGAACAAACCCGACGAAUCAACGCACCGAUCGGCCGAAGGAGUCUCUGUAUGACGCAUCAGUCAGCACCAAGCUAUUCCUCUUCUGGUGGGCAUUUCGACGUUUCGUCGCCAAAUGAGAGGCGCGGAGGGGCGGCGGGACCGUCUCCGUGUGGGUUCCGGGUGUUCGGCACAGGAUCGUCGUGUCAGCGGCGGAGCGAAUAUUUGUCUAUCAAACAAGGGG